UUCUUUAUGGCUGAAUAAAAAUCCAUGAUACGAAUACACAGCAUUUUGAUUUUCCAUCCAUUGAUGGCUAUUUGGGUCAUUUCCACCUUUUGGCUGUUAUGAAUAAUACUGGUAUGAACAUUGGUGUACACGUUUUUGUGCGGACAUUUGUUUUCAAUUCUCAUAGGUGUAUACCAAGGACUGGAAUUGCUGGGCCAAGCUUUGUGUUUUAAGGAAAAUAAAAAAUCGUGUUUUAGUUUCGUGCUGGUAAUUUGAAGUAAGCAGAUGUCUAGAUAUAAGCUUGGAAACUGGCCAGUUGGAGAUUGCUCACGGCUGCAAUUGAAGACUCCAGCAGCCUUUUCUCCUCUUUGCUUCCAUUUGGAGAGGAAGGCAUCAUAGGCUGUGUGACUUCCGUGGACGCGGGGCUUGGCACCAGCCUGCAGUUGGGAUCAAUCUUCAGUGGCGAUUUGGAGUGGGUCACGGUUCUUCCUGCCUGUCUGCCUGUUUGGUCCCUGACGUCUGCUCCCCAGGGCCCUGGCUCUUCCCCCACGCCUUCAGCCUGCACAGUCCCUUCUCUCAUUCUCAGGCUGCGGAACCUGAAAGUACAGUUUUCCCCCCUUACCCGCUGUCUCAGUUACCGGAGGUCAACCGUGGUCUGAAAAUAUUACAUGGAAAAUUCCAGAAAUAAACAAUUUAUAAAUUUUAAAUUGCACGCUGUGAUGAAAUCUCGCGCUGUGCAGCCUGGCAGUGAAUCGUCCCCUUUGUUCAGCGUCCCCACGCUGUGGGCGCUCCACACCCAUAGUCACUUAGUAGCUGGCUCGGUUAUCAGAUCGACCGUCACAGUGUCCCAGUCUAUGUGUUCAAGUCACACUUAUUUUCCGUCAUAAUGGCCCCAAAGCACAAGAGUAGUGAUGCUGGGAAUUUGGACAGGCCAAAGAGAAGCCGUAAAGUGCUUCCUCUAAGUGAAAAGGUGAAAGUUCUCGACUUAAUCAGGAAAGAAAAAAAAUCCUAUGCUGAGGUUGCUAAGAUCUACGGGAAAAAUGAAUCUUCCAUCCGUGAAAUUGUGAAGAAGGAAAAAGAAAUUCGUGCUAGUUUUGCUGUCUCACCUCCAACUGCUAAAGUGACGGCCACGGUGCGUGAUAAGUGCUUAGUUAAGAUGGAACAGGCACUGCAUUUGUGGGUGGAAGAGAUGAACAGAAAACGUGUUCCCAUUGACAGCAACGUGUUGUGCCAGAAAGCCUUGAGCCUAUACCAAGACUUCAGCAAGGGAUGCUCUGAAACUGACACCAAGCCAUUUACUGCGAGUAAGGGAUGGUUACACAGAUUCAGGCAUAGAUUCUCACAUCAUUACAAGAAGAAGAAGAAGGGGAUCAUGGCCCAGGUAGCAGUGUCCACCCUGCCCGUUGAAGAAGAGUCCUCCUCAGAGAGCAGGAUGGUGGUGACAUUCCUCGUGUCUGCCCUCGAGUCCAUGUGUAAAGAACUGGCCAAGUCCAAGGCAGAAGUGGCCUGCAUCGCAGUGUACGAAACAGACGUGUUUGUCGUCGGAACCGAGAGAGGAUGCGCUUUUGUUAAUGCCAGGACGGAUUUUCAGAAAGAUUUUGCAAAAUACUGUAGGUGUUGUAAUUUUGUCCUUUGUAUUCCCAGUCUCAAAAGGAUUGCAGGCAAGACUUCUGUAGUCUUCUAAGAUACCGUAAGCAUUCUCCUAGAAAGGAUCCUAACACAUCUUCUUGGAUUCAGCUUACCAAAUAAACACUGCUUAACACUGCAGAGUCCAAGA